CUAAGAUAAUGGACCUGUUAUGUAUAAUAUUCUUAGUGUUUUAAACUUGUGCAGUUGAUUUUCUCUAAAAUAGUGUGUAUAGAAAAAAUGAAUAAUAUAUAAACCAAUAAUGAAAGAGUCCUAAGAAGGUUGGGUUUGUUAUAUUGAGAAAUACUGGUAAAGGAGUAUAGAUCUCAAUUGUGCAUAUUGUAAUUGUGAGUGCACAAAUUAAAAAUACACACAGAGUGCUGAAUACUUAUUUAUUUGUUUCCUUCCCUCUAUUGCUUUUUCUUUUUCAAAAGGUUUCCAAUGAAUAUAGUGGAACAAAAUCUAAUCUAACAAAUGUCAUGGAGUUCCACCUCAUGGGCCUCUCAGAGGACCCAGACCUGCAGCCCCUCCUCUUUUGCCUGUUCCUGUCCAUGUACCUGGUCGCAGUGCUUGGGAACCUGCUCAUCAUCCUGGCUGUCAGGUCUGACUCCCACCUCCAUACCUCCAUGUACUUCUUCCUCUCCAACCUGUCCUUGGUUGACAUUGGCUUCAUCUCCACCACGGUCCCAAAGAUGCUGGUGAACAUCCAAACUCACAGCAGGAUUAUUUCCUAUGUCGGCUGCCUGACACAGAUGUCCCUUUUUAGUGUUUUUGUAUGUAUGGAUAGUCUGCUUCUUAGUGUGAUGGCCUAUGACCGGUUUGUGGCCAUCUGUCACCCCCUGCAUUACCCAGUCAUGAUGAAUUCUCGCCUCUGUAGAGUCUUAGCAUUUGUGUCCUUUUUGUUUAGCAUUUUAGACUCCCAGCUUCACAAUUUGAUUGCUUUACAAUGCACCUAUCAUCAGCAUGUGGAAAUGUCUAAUUUCUUCUGUGACCCAUCUCAACUUCUUAAUCUUAUCUGUUCUGACACCUUCACCAAUAAUAUGGUCAUGUAUUUUACUGGUGCCAUGUUUGGAUUUUUCCCCUUCUCGGGCAUUCUUUUCUCUUACUAUAAAAUAGUUUUCUCUGUUAUAAGAAUCCCAUCCUCAGGUGGGAAGUACAAAGCCUUCUCCACCUGUGGGUCUCACCUGGCAGUUGUUUGCUUAUUUUAUGCAACAGGCCUGGCCGUGUACCUUGGUUCAGCUGUGUCAUCUUCCUUCAAGAAGGAUGUGGUGUCCUCUGUGAUGUACACUGUGGUCACCCCCAUGCUGAAUCCCUUCAUCUACAGCCUGAGGAACAGGGACAUUAAAAAUGCCCUGAAAAGACUCCACAGCACAGCAUUCUAAUUUCAUUUUGUCAUAUAUCCCUUUUCUAAUGUGGUUUAGAACAAUCAGUCAUUGAGACCUUCAAAUCCCGUCUCCUUAAAUCACUAUUUUUGAUAAUGGCUUCUUGGCUUUCCUUCCACUCUCUGGUUCCUAUCUGAUUCCUAUUUCCUUUGGUUUGUGUUUAAUUCAAUUGCUAAGUAUUCUGAAAUCCUUUUUCAUUGUAAACAUCAUGAUAAAAUCAACAUACCCAUGUAUCUUCUGUCAUUUCUGAGCAAGGAUUCUGGCCUCCAGGUGAAAUACUAAACUAGUUUUUAAAUAUAGGUAAAAGUGACAUCAUUUUGAAGGUCAUGUGCAUUUUCUUUUAAAAGUGAAUAUGUCCAUUCAGGCAUAUUAUGUCUAGGGGCCAUAUCAAUGGUGCUCCAUAUUGAAUUUUAUUGGAAUAAUCUUGGGAGAUUAAAAAUACGGAGGCUUGGGUCUUACCAGAAGAGUCUGACUCAUCAUAAAGUUUUCAAAAUGCUUCAAAAGGAAAGUUCAGACGUUGGUUCUUAAAGGGAUCAAAUCCAAAGGGGUUGGAAAGGAGCUUAUUGCAACAUCAGGAAAGGUGGUUUUCUUCAAAUAUCUUCUUCAAAUCAUUGCCUGCCAUGCCAUACAGGUUGUCAUCAGGCUGGUUUUAUGUUAUUGAUUUUCUGCUUUAAUCUCACUAUUCUAUAGUUAUAUUUGUUGCUGAGUAAGGACUCCUGAAAUGACGACUGUAUUUUCCACCUGGUUUUGGUGUUCCACACAUUCAUGCAUGGUCACUAAAUUUCACUACCAUGAGAACUUGGUGUAUUUCACUACGCCCUUCACACCCCUAUGCCCUCACUGCUUUAGAGGAUCCAUUCAGUUACUAUGUCUAUUCCCACACGAUUCCCUCUUUGCCUUGUUCAUCACUAAGUUAAAGCAAUUGCCGGUAUUCAGUUCUCACCUUUAAAAUAAGGAAAUUUGUUUCUACUUCUUGAUUGAAACCAGAGUGAUAAGUUGUAGGAUGUGGAAAAAGACAUGGGGUGAGUUGUCUGCAAUUAAAAUGUUUCAAAGUAUGCUCAAGAAAUAAAGUUGGUUUUAAAUACACAUCCUUGUUCUGGGUGUCCCAGUGAGUUUUCAGUGGUGGUAGCACAUUUCAGGUCUCCCUGCAAGACUGUCCACACUGGACAGUCUUUUAUUCCACUCCGGUUUCCUGUCCACACUCUCUGGCUUCCUGUCCUGCCUUGUAUUCUCUCCCUUUCAUGUGCAUAAUACCACUUGCCAUGAUGCCCAUCAAAGCCAGUGCCACACUGGAUCUUUAGCAUCUAAAACUGUGAGCUAAAAAACCUCUCCUCCUUAUCAGUUACCAAGACUCGGGUAUUAUGUUGUAGUAACAGAAAACAGAGUAAUCCAAGAGAGCAAUUUGCUUUACUCAGCCAACAAGUUCAAAUGUUAAUUUCAACUAAAUAUAUUAAGCCCUUACAGACACACAGACCAGAACAAUGUCUGACCCAAUAUCUGGGCACCAAUGAUCCAUCAAGUUUACACAUAAAACUAGCAUUCACACUAACUCACAAAAAGAUACUGAAGAUCUGAAUUAUAAAGGUACAUAUUUACUAUUUUGAUUUCCCCUUCCACUGGUUGGCUUUCUGCAGUGUACUCCCCAAACUACUGAGAGAAAAAAUGUGUGGCUUGUUCAUGUUUAUUAUUAGGAUGAUUCAGAUUAAUAGUUGUAGAAUAAAAUGCAUGUUUGAUAAGUGCUAUAAAACAAAGAUAAAAACUAAUAGGACCUAUUUAUUUUAUAACUGGACACACAACAGGCAAUAAUAGGGUUUUGGGUUUUGCUUUUCUUUCUUUGGGAUACUCACCAUAGAAGAGGGAAUUGAGAUUAGAACAAAGAGCAUCAAAUAUUUUUCUUACACAAAUAUGGCUACCUUCAAUUUUAUAUGUUAUGUUCUGUGAGUUUUUCUGUGGCCAUGAUCCUAGUAUCCUAUUCCUGCCUCCCACCAUAAAAUGACUUGAUGUUAGAAAAAUCUUUUCCCUAUGGUCCAGUCAUUUUCAUGUCUCAAAUUAGAGAUUAUUUAAUUGAUAUUCACCUCUUUAAAAAAAUUUUUGUAGUUAUAGAUGGAAAGAAUGCCUUUAUUUUAUUUGUUUAUUUUAAUGUGGUGCUGGGGAUCAAAUCAGUGCCUCACAUGUACUAGGCAAGAGCUCUGCCACUGAGCUACUGCCCCAGCCCCUAUUUACCUCUUGUUGGGAAAAAAGUGAGUAUUUGUCUAAAUGCUGGAGUACUGACCCUAUGUUUUCUUCUAGCAGUUUCAAAGUUGCUGGACUAAUUCCUAAUUCUCUGAUCCACUUUUAAUUGGCUUUUAGGCAGGGCAAAGGGUAGGAUAUGGAUAUUUAAUUUUCUCAGCACCUUUUUUUAAAAUGUAUUUUUUUCCUCCAACACAUAGCUUGGUGUCUUUGUCAAGUAUCAGAAGACUGUAUCUAUGUGUGUUGGUCUUUUUGCUUCUAUUUUAUUCCACUGGUCUGCAUGUUGUUUUGGUGCCCAAACCAUGCUGCUUUGUUAUUGAAGUUCUGUAGCCUGUUUGAGAUUAGGCAAUACGAUGCCUCCAGUAUCACUCUCUUGGGUCAAUAUUGCUUUGGCUAUUCUGGGUCUUUUAUUCUUUCAAGUGAAUUUUAAGGCUAUUUUUUUCGGGUUCUGUAAAAAAUGUCACUGGGUUUUGAUGAAGACUGCAUUGAAUCUCUACAUAUUGGCACGGACACUGACUUACUUAACAGGACCCCUUAAACUCAAGAAAUAAAACUAAGAAUCAAUAAGUGGGAUGUCAUCAAGUUAAAUAGUCUCUGUACAGAAAAGGAAAAAAGGGUGUGAAGGGAGAGCUUACAUAAUGGGAGAAAAUAUUUGCCAAUUACCCUUCUACCAAGAGAUAAAUAUUCAGAAUAUAUAAAGAAUUCAAAUAACACUAGAAAAACCCAAAUAAUCUAAGGACUAAAUGCACAAAAGAACUAAACAGACAUUUCUCAAAAGAAGAAAUACCAAUGGCCAACAAAUAUAUAUGAAAAAAAAAAGUUCCACAUUCUCAUUAAUGAGGGAAUUGCAAAUCAAAACUACAGAGAUUUCAACUCACUCUAGUUAGUACGGCAAGCAUUGAUACUAACAAGAAUAAAUACUGGUGGAGACAUGGAAGAAAUAUUCUAAAUUGUUGGUGGAAAUGCAAACUAACAACCACUUUGGAAAGUGGUAUGAAGAUUCCUCCAAAGACUACAAAUGGAAUCACCAUAUGGCCCAGCUCUCCCACGCCUUGGUAUUUAUGCAAAACAAGCAAAGUCCGCAUACUAUAAUGAUACAAGCAUAUCAGUAUUUAUAGCACAACAAUUCACAAUCACUAAGUUAUGGAAAGCCUGGCUGUUCAUCAACAAAGAAAUAAAUCAAGAAAAUGUGGUCUAUAGACAAAACAGAAUUUUACUCAGACAUAACAAUUAAAUUCUGUCAUCUGCUGGUAAAAUGAAUGGAACUGAAGAAACUCAUUCUGAGUGAAAUAAGCCAGACUUAAAAAGUCAAUGAUCAAAUAUUUUCCAUCAUAUGAGGAAGUUAGAGAGAAAUAAAGAAUUUUUAAAGAGGGGAUCCCAUGAAAAUAUAAAGGAGAUUAGUGGAGUCUAGGGAGGAGGUUGAGAGGAAGGGAGGAGAGAUGGGUAAAAGGAAGAACUGCAGAAUGAACUUGACCCAAUUAUGCUAUGUACACAUAUAAUAAACCACAGAGAAUUCCACCUUAUGUAUAUAUUCCAAGUACCUAUUAAAGAAGAUUAAAUAAAUAGAAGGAAUAACAGCAGAGAAAAUGGAACUGGGUAAGGAAUGAGGGGAGGAAAAGUACAAGUACAGGGAUUGAAAUGAAGCAAAUUAUAUUGAUAUGCAUGUCUUCAUUUGUCAAAAUGAACCCCACUAUGAUGUACAACAACUAGAAUGCACUAAUGAAAACAUUAAAAAGUAAGCAUUCCAGUAAUUAAAGGGAACCUGAUAUAAACAGUGCAAUUUUGAAUAUGAUACAAGACAUGUUUUGUUUAACUUCUUCUAGUGCAUUCAUGGGGUUAAAAAAUAAGAGGGUGCUUGAACAGAUACAGUGCACUGUAUUACUUAAGUGUGUUUAGUGCUUGAAAUUAAUUGAUAUUUAAAUUUAUUCUUCUCAUAUUAAUAGAUUCACCCAAUGGAUUUUACAGACAGAAAAAUCAAUUUUUAAUAUCAGUUCCUGAAACUACAGAGACACUUUUGAAAUACAGAGGAUCAUUAGGGACUCUUUUAAAACUUAUACUCCAAUAAAUUAGAAAAUCUAGAAGAUAUUGAAAAAGUUUUAGACAGGUAUUACCUGUUCAACUUGAGUCAAGUGGAUAUAGAAAACCUAAACAGACCAAUGUCAAGUGUGGAGAUUAAAGUAGAAAUUAAAACCUUCCAAGAAGAAAAGUCUAGGACCAUGGAUGCUCAGCUGCACUUCACCAAACCUUGAAAGAAGAAAUGAUGCUAUCUCCCUUAAAUUAUUUCAUGACAUAGAAAUGAAGGAACACCUUCAAAUUCAUUGUACGAAGACAGGAUCACCCUGAUACCAAAACCAAGACAAAUCAAUGGAAAAAAAUACUACAUAUCAAUAUCCUUGAUGAGCAUAGAUGUUAAAGUUCUUGAAAAUAUAUUGACAAUCAACAUCCAAAAACAUAUUAAGAAGAUAGUGCACCAAGAAAAAAUGGAUAAUCCCAGGGAUGUAAGAUUGAUUCAACAUAUAUGAAUUAAAAAAUAUAAUCCAACACAUGGAUAGAAGUAAGGACAAAAAAAUCCCAUAAUCAUCCCCAUAGAUGCAAAAAAAAAAAAAACCUUGACAAAAUCCAGUAUCUAUUCAUGUUAAAAACACUGAAGAAAAUAGUGACAGAAGGAACUUAACUCAGCAUCAAAAAUACUACAUGUGACAUGUUUAUAGUAGCACAAUUCACAAUAGCCAAACAAUGGAACAGCUAGGUGUCCAUGAAUUAAUGAAUGGGUAAAGAAAAUGUGGUUUAUAUACAGAAUGGAGUUUUAUUUAGCUGUGAAGAAAAACGAAAUUUUGUCAUUUGCAGGUAAAUGGAUGGAACUAGAAACCAUUAUGUUAAGCAAAAUAAGUCAAACUCAGAAGAUCAAGGGGGCUUUGUUUUCUCUCAUAUGGAAGCUAGACAGGAUAAAGGAAAAGAAAAGUGGGGGCAAAUCUCAUGAAAGUCAA